GGGCCCCAAGAUCGAUGUUGUUGGAUUUUGCUUCCUUGAUCUUGCUUCGGAUUACGUACCUCCUGAAGAACUUGUGAAAUGGCUUGAAGCUGGUGACAAGCCAAUUUAUGUUGGUUUUGGUAGCCUUCCAGUUCAAGAUCCAGCAAAGAUGACUGAAACCAUUGUCAAAGCACUCGAAAUGACUGGACAGAGAGGUAUCAUCAACAAAGGUUGGGGUGGCCUUGGAACAUUGGCAGAACCAAAAGAUUCCAUAUAUGUACUUGACAACUGCCCUCAUGACUGGAUUUUAUUGCAGUGUAAGGCAGUCGUACACCAUGAAAGCAGCGGCCUGAAAGCAGCGUGUCCUACAACUUUUGUACCUUUCUUUGGUGACCAACCUUUCUGGGGAGAACGGGUGCAUGCUAGAGGGGUAGGGCCUUCGCCUAUACCCGUUGAUCAAUUCAAUUUGCAGAAGUUGGUUGAUGUUAUAAACUUCAUGUUAGAUCCAGAGGUGAAAGAAAAGGCCGUGGAGCUUGCCAAGGCCAUGGAAUCUGAAAACGGCGUAACGGGCGCAGUUAGGGCAUUUCUGAAACAUUUGCCUUGUAAAACAGAUGAAAAUUCACCCCCGCCUACGCAUGGCUUUCUAGAGUUCCUAGGCCCAGUAAGUAAAUGUUUGGGGUGCUCUUAGGUGCUGGUCAGA